AUGUCGACUUUGACACCAAUGAAACUUAACGAGCAGAUCGUUUCUAUGCGAAAAUCUGUUGAAAAAGCUCGUGUUUGGUUAUGUCGACGAUUGAUCAGACAAAAGAAAUUGCUUCAAAAGUCGAAAGUUGAAAAAAAAACUCGUAAAGUCGAUCGAAUCAUCAGUGAAAUUGAUCGUUGCAAAAAAGUAUGUCGAGAUGAUGUGUCAAAGUUUGCAUUAAUUAAUCUUAAAACACUUAAUGAUUUAUUGAAAAAGACUAAAAUAUCCGUUGAUGAACGAGUUUUAUAUAAGUUAGCUUGUCAAGAAAUAGUUAUAAAAAGUGUGAAGGAAUUUCGUAUCAAAUAUCCAAAUUGGCAACAUGAAGUAUCAUUCCUGUUACAACGACUUGGUUUGCAAUAUAAAUCUAAGAAAGAUGCAAAAAAAUAUGUGCUACAACAAAAUGAAACUAAAGAAAUGGCCGAAACUUCCAUAGGAAAAAUACCUGAGUGUUCGCAAGAUUUGAAAAUGAUUGUUAAGAAGGAAAUAAGGAAAGCUGUGAAAAAGGAAGAAAAUUUUGAGAAAAAAAAGAAGAAAUUGAAAGAUAAGACGAAAUCUGAUGAAUCUGAAGAGAUAUCUAUUCCAGUGCUCAAACUACCAAAAUUGGAACUUCCGAAACCAGUGAUUGCAAAGGGACAGGCUAUCAUCAAACAGUUAAGUUUAGAUGGUAAUCAGGAUGAUGAUUUUGCAUCAAUUAGCGCAUCAGAUGGAAGCAAAGAUAUUGUGCUACAAGGAAAUGUAGAUGACAAUGUAAAUGGUACGAAUGAUGAAGCUAGUAGGAGCACUCCGCCAGUAAAAACAAAGGAUAUUCGAAAACGAAAAAAAGAUUUUGAGUGCGAUCGAAGCGAGAAACGAGAGGAUACUUUGAGACAGAAUAAUAAUUCUGAACCUGUAUCGUCUUUAAAAAGAAAGAAUACGAAACUGUUGGAAAACCAGAAUUUACAUCCAUCAUGGAUUGCUAAAAAACGCGAACAUGAAGCUUUAAAGAAAUUAAAGGAGUCAUGCAAAGCGAAGAAAAUAGUCUUCGGUGAUGAUUGA